AUGAAGGUCUUACUUCUUCUGGUCGCGGUAAUUGCCGUAGCUUCGGCAAAAACUGAGAAAAAAGAAGAUAACAGUCAUGGUAUGCUUAUACUCUUAAACUUCUUUAAAUGAUGGUCCUGGUCGCGAAAUUCGCAAUUUCUUAGAAAGGAAGCCUUCAAGCUGAAACAAUCGGUUCAUUUUGCAUGAUCCUUUUUUCUUCAGAACUAGAAACUCAGAAAUUUCGAAAUAAUCAGGAUUCAUUUUCAAUACGCCAAAAAAAAAAAUCAGCAAACUUCGAUUAAAUUUUAGAUUUAAAAGUAAUUUGAGCGUAUAUAGAGCCAAUCUAAAAAAUUAGCUGAAAUUUAUACGCCUGCUUUCAUGUGGCAAAAAGUCUCAAUUCUAUGAACUUCCUAACCAAUGCAAUAAAUGAAACAUUCUCAGAAUAUUGAACAAGUAUACGAAAACAAAACCCUCGAUAGAAAUGUUCAGAACCGUUCCAAGAGCUCUAAUGUUUUUCAAACAUUCUGAAUUUCAGGUUUCCGAACUGACAUCAACUGGGUGAAGUUGGACAAGGCUGUAGGAAUUGCUAAAGACCUCAACCAGCCGAUUAUGCUUCUUAUCCACAAAACUUGGUGUGGUGCUUGCAAAGGUGAUAUUUUAUUCUAGAUUAUUGAAACAAAAAAAAUUCAGGACUGAAACGAGAGUUCCAAACUUCUUCGAAAAUCAGCCAGCUGGUUGAUCUGUCGAAGAAGUUCGUCAUGGUCAACACCGAAGAUGAUGAAGAGCCUGAAGACCCCAAGUUCUCCCCUGAUGGCGGAUACAUUCCCAGAAUAUUGUUCCUAGGUAUGAUUUUCAUGAGAUGUUGUGAAAAUCUUUUCAACUUCAAGAUACCGAUGGAGAGCCGCUGAAAACCAACAACGAGCAAAAAUACAAGAACAACAAAUACUUCUACCCACUCAUCCCUCAGAUCGUCGACGGAAUGGAACGCGCUCUUGUCGAAUUCAAGAAAGGCGGCGGAGAGACCAAGGUUUGAUCAUUUUCUUUUCGCAAAAAAAUGCUUAGCUCGGCUGUCAUUAUUUGCAGAAAAUCUAUAAUAUCGCAUUAUAAAAACACGGAAAAUUCAAAAUAAAGCAAUGUCAAUAAAAAUAACAAAAAUCGAACUUCAUGGAAAAAAGCUCGGGUCACCGAGAGAAAAAAAAAAGCUCGCAGAUGAGCCAGAACAUGCAGAAAAUACCAAAAACUUUUUUGCGAUUUUGCAAAACAAUUAUUGGAUUCGCAUGAAAAUUUAGAAGUUCUGGCCUGGCUUCUGAGUUUCUGCGAUUCAUAUAAAAAAAACGACGCGAACUUCUUUUCUGUGAAAUUUUCAUCAUCAUUAUCAAUGUUUCCAGGAUACUGAUGCGACAAAAGAAAAAGAAAAAACUGAGAAGAAAGAAGUAAAGAAGACCAAGAAAACCGAAGAGGAGAAGAAAGAAAAGAGCGAGAAGAAGGAGAAAGAAGAAAAGGAAACCAAAAAGAAGGAAGAGAAGAAGGAAAAAGACGCCAAGAAGAAAGAUGGAAAGAAGAAGGAAGAAAAGAAGAAGGACGACAAGAAGAAGAAGGAUGAAAAGAAGGAUUCUAAGGUGAUUUCAGAUCUUAUCCUUCCAAAAACGAAUCAUUUCAGGCCAAGAAAGAAGAUAAGAAGGAAAAGAAAGAGAAAAAAGAGAAAAAAGAAGAAAAGAAGUCUAAGGUAGGCUUAGUAAUAAAAUCCACCAGAAACUACAUUUUUUUUUCAGAAAUCUUCCAAGGAUGAGAAGAACGAGCUGUAA